AUGUAUUCCUCAGUUCGGUGGUCUACAUGGACUGUGCAAUUAGGCCGAAAAGAUUCACGCACAGCAAAUUUUGCUGGUGCUACCUCUGAUCUGAACACACUUAUACUUGCCUUCGCAAAAAAAGGUUUAAAUGCGACAGAUAUGGUGGCUCUCUCAGGCAGACAUACUAUAGGGCAGGCAAAAUGUAAAAACUUUUGCACUCGAAUUGACACCGAGCCCAAAAUAGAUUCCACAUAUGCAGCAUCUUUGAAGAAAAAUUGCUCCGAUGAUGCAUCGGACGAUGAUAAUCUAUCUCCGUUAGAUGGAAGGGUCAUUGUGUUUGAUAAAACUUAA